GUCCCCCCCCCGGUGCGUGUGUCACCCGCGCGCGGCGGCGCUGAGGCCGCGAGAGCGCUCCUGGGCACCGGCGGCGCGGGAGCGGCCCCGACACGUGCGGACCCGCCGGGCAAGACAACCGGGAUCGGAGCCGCGGAGGGCCCCGGAUACUUCGCCCAGAGGCGGCCCGGCCUGGCCUGACCCAGCCGCCCUGCCGGGAGCGGCUGAGGGAAGAAGUGGAGGAGGCCCGCGCCCCGUGCCCGUGUCCCUGCGCGACGGCGCCCGCGGCCCAGAAUGAAGUGAGGAGGAGCCGCCGCCGCCAGGAGACACUUCCGUUUUGCGGGAGAGGCCGCGCCGGCCUGUGGGACGCUGCCGGUGCCGCUCCGCCGCCGCCGCAUCGCGCAGCGCGCCCAGCCCCUUCCUCGGCCCGACCCCGUAUGUAUUGGUGCGGCCCCAUGUGAGGCGGGCGGUGCGGGAGCGAGCGAGGCCCCGGCGCGGCCCGCGAGCGUCCGUCCCGGUACGUGUGCGCGGCGCCGCCGGGUCCCCAUGGCGCCCUGAGAGCGACGGUGGCGGCGGGUUCCCUGGGCCGCGCCCUCGGCCGUGAGCGAGCUCGAUGCCGAGCACCUCGGACGCGGCGGCCGGCGGGAGCGGGGGCAGCCGGGGCUGGGGCAGCGGCGGUGGCGGCAGCACGGCGGUGGAGGCGGCGGCCGACAAGAAGCGGCUGCACCACCGGAGACGGAAGCGCUUCGCGGCCCAGCCGCAGCCGCCGCCGCCGGCCCCGCACCCGCUGCUGUUCCCGUUGCUGCAGCCGCCGCUUCUGCAGCCCCCGCUGCUGCAGCCGCCGCUGCCGCCGCAGUCCCUGCUCUUCCUGGCGGCCACCGGCGCCUCCUCCUGUUGCGGGGACGGCGGGGAGCGGAAGCGGCCGCGAGGCAAGCGGCGCUCGGGCUCCCGGCACAAGCGGCGGCGGGGCCGCGGCGGCGGCGGCGGGGGCACCCAGGAGGCGGAGAAGCGGCGCGGUAGCGGCGGGUUGAGCACGCUGGUGGAGGAGUACGACGACGUGAGCUCCCAGUCCGAGGGACUGUUGGGCGGCGGCGCGGCCGGCGGGGGCAGCGGCGGGGGCAGCCCGGGCUCCUCCUCGGGCGGUGGGACCCAGCGGCAGCGGGGCGAGGCGGAGCGAAGCGGCCGGUCCCGCCGGGAGCACCGCGGCAGCAGCGGGCGCUCCAAGGAGCGGCACCGAGAGCAUCGCCGGCGGGGAGAGGAAAAGACGCAGCAGGAGGGGACGGCGGCGCCGGGCCGCGGGGCGUCCGAGCCCUCCUCGUCCUCCAAAUCCCGCAGCCGCCACAACCACACCGGGAGCCAAGACCGGGAGGGACUCAAGAGCAGCAGCGGCGGUGGCAGCGACAGCCGCAGAAAGGGCUCCCUCCCCUCGCCCAGCAGCAGCGGCAGCAGGAAAGACCGGGAGAGCAAAUCGCACCGGAGCCGGACUAAAGCGGCUAAAGAGCCUCCGUCGGCGUACAAGGACCCUCCGAAAGCUUACCGGGACGACAAGCUCGAGCCCAAGGCGUACCGGCGGCAGCGCUCGUCGCCCAGCCCCGGCCGGGAUGACAGCCCUCCUCUGCACCGCUCCUCGCAGAGCCAGCGCAGCCGCAAGUCCCUCAGCCCUGUGGGCGCCCGCUCGCCGCUCAGCCCCUACAGCCGACGGCGAUCCCCCAGCUACAGCCGGCACAGCUCGUACGAGCGCGGCGGGGAUGUGUCGCCCAGCCCCUACAGCAGCUGGCGCCGGUCGCGAAGCCCCUACAGCCCCGUUAUCCGGAGAUCAGCAAAAUCUCGAAGCAGAAGCCCAUAUUCAUCAAGGCACUCCAGGUCUCGUAGCAGACACAGAUUGUCCAGAUCCAGAAGUCGUCAUUCGAGUAUUUCUCCUAGUACAUUGACUCUGAAGAGUAGCCUGGCUGCUGAGCUGAACAAAAACAAAAAAGCAAGAGCUGCUGAGGCAGCCAAAGCUAGUGCAAAAGCUUCCAAUACUUCAACACCUACUAAGGGAAACACUGAUGCUGCUGCAAGUGCACCUCAAGUGAACAAUGUUAAAGACCUGAAGAAAAUCAAAACCGAGCAUACGCCUUCUCCUACCAGUAGCGCAAAUGUGAAAAACGACAAGGCAAAAGCAAAGGUCUCACUUCCUGAAACAAAAGCAGAAAAUAAUUUAAUUGCAGACAAAGUUACCAAGCAGAAGCCUGCAGCAGUAAAAGAGAAUAAAUUGACUGUUGUGAAGCAGCAAGCGGUCCCCGUAAAAGAGAAAAGCAAACCAAGUACACCAAGUGUAGUAGCCAAGGAGAAGGAUCGAAUUGUUGCACUACCGACCUCCACACUACCACCCUUGCCUUUGCCUCCCACGCUGCCUGAAGAUAAAGAAACUGAUAGUUUGAGAGAAAAUCUUUCAGUGAAGUCAGUGAAAGAAACAGAGAAGAAACUUCGCCAUCUGCUUGCAGACUUGCCACUUCCACCUGAGCUGCCUGGAGGAGCUGAGGUACCCAAAAGUCCUGAAGAAAAGAAACCAGCAGUUCAGUUACAUAGCAAGAGAAGACCAAAAAUAUGUGGACCACGGCAUGGUGAAACGAAAGAAAAAGAAAUAGACUGGGGAAAGCGCUGUGUGGAUAAAUUUGAUAUCAUCGGUAUUAUUGGUGAAGGCACUUAUGGGCAAGUUUACAAAGCCAAAGAUAAAGAUACAGGGGAAAUGGUAGCACUGAAGAAAGUACGACUGGAUAAUGAAAAGGAAGGGUUUCCAAUUACAGCUAUUCGAGAGAUUAAGAUUCUUCGACAGCUUAAUCAUCAAAGCAUUAUCAACAUGAAGGAAAUAGUGACAGAUAAAGAAGAUGCUUUAGACUUCAAGAAGGACAAAGGUGCAUUUUACCUGGUAUUUGAAUAUAUGGACCAUGACUUGAUGGGACUGCUGGAAUCUGGUUUGGUUCAUUUUAAUGAAAAUCAUAUUAAAUCUUUUAUGAGACAGCUGAUGGAGGGCUUGGCCUAUUGCCACAAGAAGAACUUUUUGCACAGAGAUAUCAAAUGUUCAAAUAUUCUACUAAAUAAUAGAGGGCAGAUAAAGCUCGCUGAUUUUGGGCUUGCUCGGCUGUACAACUCAGAAGAAAGCCGACCAUAUACCAACAAAGUUAUUACAUUAUGGUAUCGGCCUCCUGAACUUCUCCUUGGGGAAGAAAGAUACACACCAGCUAUUGAUGUCUGGAGCUGUGGCUGUAUCCUGGGUGAACUUUUUACAAAAAAGCCAAUAUUUCAAGCAAAUCAAGAACUUGCUCAACUGGAACUCAUAAGCCGAAUUUGCGGAAGUCCUUGUCCAGCAGUGUGGCCUGAUGUUAUAAAAUUAGCUUACUUCAACACAAUGAAACCAAAGAAGCAGUAUCGUCGAAAACUGAGGGAAGAGUUUGCUUUCAUCCCACCAGCUGCAUUAGAUUUAUUCGAUUAUAUGCUUGCCCUGGAUCCCAGCAAGCGCUGCACAGCUGAACAAGCUCUUCAGUGUGAGUUUCUACGGGACGUGGAACCAUCUAAAAUGCCUCCUCCAGACCUUCCUUUGUGGCAGGAUUGCCAUGAGCUGUGGAGUAAGAAACGCAGAAGACAGAAGCAGAUGGGCAUGACUGAUGACUCUACAGCAGCUAAAGUCCCUAGGAAGGAUCUGUCUCUAGGCAUGGAUGAGAGCAGAACCAACACCCCACAAGGCAUGCAAACUUCUUCCCAACUCAAAACUCAGGGCAACUCUAGUGUAGCACUUGCAAAAACAAGCACUGGACAGCAGUUAAACCAGAAUGAAGUGGCAAUCCUGCUAAACCUGCUACAGUCUAAAACAAGUGUUAGUUUGGCACAGUUUGCUCAAGUAUUGAAUAUUAAGGUAAACCCGGAGACUCAACAGCAACUAAAUAAAAUAAAUCUUCCUGCUGGAAUUUUGUCAGCAGGUGAAAAACAGUCAGAACAGCAGCAGCAGCAGCCGCCGCCACCUCCGCCACCACCUCCAGAGCAGGAGCCUCUAAAACAGCCGAUGGUCACACAGCCCCCCGUGCCACCUGCUCAGCUGGGUCAGCCCAAAGCGGAGACUGAUGCUGCCCAGGCAGCUGUGCAGAGUGCAUUUGCUGUUCUGUUGUCUCAGUUAAUAAAGGCUCAGCAAACAAAACAAAAAGAUUUUGUGUUGGAGGAGAAGGAAAAUGGAUCAGGAAAUGAAAUGUCAUUACAACUCAGACAGCCUCCAGAGCCCGCCACUCCUGUGUCUGUCAGCCGGGACGACGUGGAAUCUCCGGCACCUGGCUACCCACAUCUGAUCAAGUCAUUAUAUGUGUCUGCAGGUCAAGAGGAUUUGGUUAGGCAGUCUGAGAUGAGGCUUCUGAACCGAACACCUGAGCAGGAGCGCCCUCGGAUCCUGCCUCCAGACCAGCGUCCUCCCGAGCCACCGGAGCCUCCGCCGCUCACCGAUGAAGACCUUGAUUAUCGGACAGAGAAUCAGCAGUUGCCUAUAAGUAACUCUUCAGGAACAGAUCCUCAUGCGGGAGUGAAAGCAGCUCUUCUGCAGCUGCUGGCUCAGCAUCAAGCUCAGGCCACAACGGAGGAGCCAGUACAAGCGAGCGUGGAUUAUCAGGCUAGAGACUCCUAUGUAACAGGCCCAGACUACAAGGAUAACUUUGGAUCGUCGUCCUUCUCAUCUGCCUGUUACAGCACUAGUGAUGGAAUAGGAAGCGGACCAUCAGGAGUAUUAGAAAGGAGGAGUUUCCUUGGAAACUCAGAUAUUCAGUCUUUGGAUAACUACAGUACUGCUUCAUCUCACUCUGGUGCUGCCCCUCCUCCAUCAGCCUUUCCAGAAUCCUUUCCCAGCUCAGUAACUGGUUACAGAGACAUUUACCUCAAUGCUGGCCCCAUGCUGUUCAGUGGAGAUAAAGACCAUAGGUUUGAAUACAGCCACGGCCCAAUCCCGGUUUUGGGGAGCAGCAGUGAUGCUUCCACAGGGCCAGAGAGUGCACACUCUUUGUCCACAAAGAUGCACAACUAUAGCUAUGGCAGUAAUUUACAGGAAAAUCCCACUGGCAUCAGCCACAUGCAUGGACAGACUUGGACUUCUCCUGCCCAAGGACCUGGCUAUUCCCAAGGAUUCAGGGGACACAUUAGCACAUCUGCAGUGAGAGGGCGAGGCAGAGGAUUACCAUUUUGAGUAUCUGUUUUUCCUCAGGCACAUCAUUUUUAUCUGGAAAAACUUCUUUUUCUCCCCUAGCUGCAAUUUAAAGCAGCAAUUCAACAGACUUGAAUAAUGUUAAUUCAACAGCUUUAUUUUUAUGUGGAAAAGGGUCUUGCAUACAGUAGAAAAAAAUUAAAAAAUGCUUACAACUCAUGCUGUCUAAAAACUAGAUGACUUGAUUGUACAUGUUCACAAACUCUAGUUCUGACUUUAUUUUGUAUUUUGGCAGUUUUAAGUGGAUGCUAAAUUUAGGGACAUCAGCUUUUUAUGGCACUCUUUCAGAUCUUCUGAACUAUGCACAUUUGUGCUUUUUUUGUAAGUUUGGACCAACUUUUAUGUAAAAAGAAUGAAAUUUUACAACAAUCAAAGCAGGGCACUGAUUUAUUUGGUAUUUUUCUUUUUACAGAACUACUUUUAGUCAAAGGUCACUGUCAGUCUUUGCACUGCUUUCAGUGUUAUUGUGGAAGGUGUACUUCGUGCUCAUUUCAGAUAAUAAAACACAACCUUUCUCUUGAUGCAAAAUUUUAUAAAUAUUUGGUCAACUUUUUUUUUUUUUGUCCAAGUGAAAAGAAAAGGGUGUUCUGGUAAAAUGUUCUCUCCAUCUCCCACGCUUGUUUAUAUAAAAACUGUUUUACUUGAAUGGUAAGUGCCUUAACAUGUAAGCUUAAGGUCUGCAAAAAUUUGGAAGUACUUCAUAGGUUGCUAUGAACAUAAUGCCUAAACCUAGGUAAUUAAAAAGAGAAUUCAGAUAAUAAGAAGAAACUCAAGCAGGUCAUAAUCUUGUGGUGUUUACUUUACAUGGGCCAGUUACUUAGAGACCUGAUUUUACCUAGAUAAAACUGUAAUUUCCAAAUUGAACUUCAUGAGAAACAUUGAAAGUGAGGAGAAGAAUGAAGAGUGUAGUUUUUCCUCAGCUCCCUGUUGGAGUUGUAUUAAGUGUUUUAGUUCCUCUGCCAAAUGAACUAUACUUUAUAUGUCCUUACCACGUGAUGAAAUAGUUUUUUUUUUCUCUUAAAUGUCAACAGCAGUAAUUUCUUUACUUUGUGUGAAAAGCUGACACUGUUUGUCUUUUUACCCCAAGUACUGCAUUGUAGGAAGUAACCAAAGGAAAAAUGACCAGUAUUUAAAGCAAUGGCAAAAUGUCUGACACUAGUUGUAAUUCGCUGUAAACUUGUGAUUGUGCCAAUUAAUUGAUUUUAUAUCUGCUAUCCACAGAACAUUUUAAUAUUGGAAUUGAGUGUCUCGGAACAACUAGGAUUAUUAUAGUUAAAACUCUUACCAAGAGCCACUCCUCAUACUAAUUGCAACUUCCAGCAUGUUUUUUUUUUGUUGUUUCCUCUGACAACAAGUAGUCUCUCCUGCAGAGAGGAGGUAUGGUUAUGUUUUGCCUGUACGUAAAAGGAUGUCUUGAAGCCCAUAUUGGAAACAAUUUUCCAACUGAUUAUCCAGUUGACAAAUCGGUACUUUAUGUAACUGAGUGUUUAAAAACUACUUUUUAAAAAGUAAAAUUUCUACUUACACUAUUACAAAUGUCUUGUCAAUGACUUUUUGGAUUUUCAGGAUCGAAGCCAAAGCUGUUGGUGUUUAGUUUCAGUUGAAAAUCCUGACUAAUGAGUCAGGCUAGUUGGCUAGUUCCCACACUGUAGAGCAUGGAGAAACUCCCUUCACUAAGUCUGUAUAGUGUUGGAGAAUCUGGCAGAUGAGGAAUGGAGAGAGUCCUGCUGCUUACACUGUCCCCUAGUCUGGCAGUUCCUUCACUAGACACGGUAGAAAAUCCUGCCAUCUGAAAUAAAAGUGGCCAGAUCAGAAACAAAUACUUACAACCUGAAUAGCCUGUGCUUAAGAAAGGCAAAAGUUUUAUGGGAUUGACAGUGCACUGGACCAUAUUUUUUCCUUGAGUAAGGACAUCCCCAUAACAUUUUUCUGCUAGUAAAAUUUUAAAGAAAAAAACCAUCAGUGUCAUUUAGAUACGGACAGUGUUGGCUAAGGCUCUUUGUUUACUAAUCUUUAAAAAACCCAGACUCACAAAUAUAUGCACAGAUUGCUUUUUUGGGGUUUUUUUGUUUUUUUUUUUUUCUAGAAUCAAGCUUUCAAAGCUUAUAUGCACUUAGUUUUGCUAAAGAUGUGCAGUCAGAGGUUACCCACCUGCACUUGAAGUGUAACUGCAGGCAGUAGUAGGCUGAAAACACAGGUAAGUUCAAAUGGAAAGUAGAUCUCAGAGAACUAAAUUAAUUGACUUCCAGUACAAAGAUACAAGGAAGAAGUUGUGUCUCCUACCUUCCCUUUUGGACAUAAAUUUUCAAGUAAUUUAGUAGCUUAAUUCGGUGUAGAGAAGUAGGUCCCCUCUGCAUCUGUAAAUGAGUGUGCAGUUUGCUUAUGGACUGGCAGUACUUUCAGACAUUGUUCUACCAGAAUGGAUUUCAGUCUUUGGCCACAAGAAAGCCCCCACAGCCCCAGCACAAGUAAUCCUGACUCUGAGGAGAGAGGAGGUGCAAAAAGUAAGUGUUUCCAGAUGAAUCAAACAAAACUCUGGCAUGCUGUAAGCAGAUGAAUACUGUACAAUGACAUUUCCCCAGCUUAAGGAUUUUUAGCUUGUGACUUUGAACGCUGUAUUUGCCUGGGACAACAGUGUUGGGAUAAUUUGGAGAGAAAGUUAAUGUAUUUCUAUUUGUGUUAACUCUAAAAAGAUUGCCUUCUCUGCAAUCCAGGGAAUCUUCUUGGCUCUUCUGCUGACACCUUUUCUCCUGGGCUGGUGCACGUGUGGCAGGAGGAUUGGUGCCUGCAGCCGCUCUCCCCUGGACUGGAGUUGUGUCUGGGCAGGUUAGCAGCUAGGGAACUGCCCAGAUCUAAGGACAGCAGGCCCACAUUCAUUUGUACCGGACCUGUGUAUUACCUGCCAACAUUUCUUUUGAACUAAAUCACAUGGUGAGGUGCUUAUGGCAGCACUUACCCUUGUGCGUGAACUCCACUCGGCAGAGUCUGUACUAGUUUGGCAUUUUUACAUCAUGUGGCUCUUGCAUUUUUGAUGUAGUAGCAGACAUUCUGAAAACAGCAUUAUUUUUCUGUGGAGCCAUGGCUUUCAUUACUUUCUUCCUCAUUCCUUUGGGUUUAUGUUUUCUGUGCUGCAAUUCCAAAAUGAGCUAUAGAGACCUGGAUACCCCAGCGAAAAGUAAGUGUUGUGUGUUUGUAUUUCUAAAUAAGUGUAAUGAAAUACUGUAAUAAUGGACUAUCAAAUAGCAAGUGCUUCAUUAUUUAUAUUAAGUCAUCUUUAGCCAUACCAAGAGGAAGAAAGUGAGCAUGACUGAACUGCUAAUGACCAUGACUUAAAACACUUAAGACUAUUAUUAUGCUUAAAUUCAGCCAAAGGAAAAGGAAACUGCUUUUAUGGAUCUCUAGUCAUCAUUAUCCUAAACAGAAUGAGCAGUGCUAGGGAAGAGAUAAAAAAAUACAUGUCUCCUUAAAUGCUAUUUUAAUUUCUUGGAAAAAUAAUUUUAAAAUGGCAAACUUCUAUAUUUUCUUAUGUUUCCAUAAAAUGUGGUCUCUUAAAUUGUCUCCAUCCCACAGUAGUGUCAGGUGCUUUCUAGAAGCAGAGGCACUAAGUGCCACGUUUUAAGUUCUUACGAUUUUGAGCGCUCUUCUUUUGCUUUCAGUUUUGGUGGAGGCAGUUUCAGUUUUGGUGAAGUUUAUAGUUGGAUGAGUUAAGUAGAUAAUUGUGUGGUAAAAACUGAAGUAAUGAAAUAACACAGGAUACCUCUUGUCUGCAGGCAAAUUAGAUCUUGGACCAUGAAGUCUGUUUCCAAGAGAGAAAAAAUGUCAGACGUACUACUUGCAUUCUUCUUUUCAUUAAUAAAACAUGCAAGUGUUUUACAUACAACAUUUCUCCAGUCUGUUCUGUUAUAGUGUUUUUUAGAUGAGGAAAUUUUGGCUAUUACCCUUCUUGAGAGUUUUGGGAUGUUCUGUAUUUGCAGAGUGUGUCAUGAAAAUAAGGAAUCACCAGAAAAUUUAUUUGAAUUCUAUAUUUUAAAAUAAAAUUACCUUGGGUUGACUUAAAAUCAAAUUAACUUGCUUAUCAGGGUGAAGAAACUUUAUUGCAGGAGUUAUUUCGAGACAACUUAAUUUAAAAUAAAUUGUUAUGCUUCAGCUUGCUUACUCUUUGUUAUUUUAAGCCAUUUGUAUAUAAAAUGUAUUGUGCGGCCUGUAAAUAAAAUACAUGAAAAUUGAAGUCUU